AGAGAGAGAGAGAGAGAGAGAGAGAGAGAGGAAGACGAUCUUCAUCUCCAUCUCCAUCUCCAUCUCUGGGUUCACGGGUUUCUCUCCAUCUUCUCCUUGCUUUUCUCCUUUUCUAUCCUCUUUUUUUCUCUUCCCCAACGCUCUUGAUCGUUGAGGACAAAGGAUUGGUGGUCAGAGAAGUAAGCGCGCAAGUUGGAGGUGAAGGUACCAUGGAUUGUGGCUCGGGAUCCGGAGAGGGCCAGAUAAAGGGUGUCGUCACCCAUGGCGGUCGCUACGUUCAGUACAAUGUCUAUGGCAACCUCUUCGAGGUUCCUACCAAGUAUGUUCCUCCUAUUCGCCCUGUCGGUCGCGGCGCUUAUGGCAUUGUUUGUGCGGCUGUAAAUUCUCAAACUCGCGAAGAGGUUGCUAUAAAAAAGAUCGGUAAUGCAUUUGAUAAUCGAAUUGAUGCCAAAAGAACUUUACGAGAAAUAAAGCUGCUUCGGCAUAUGGACCAUGAAAAUGUGAUUGCCAUGAAGGAUCUGAUCCGACCACCAAAAAAGGAAAACUUCAAUGAUGUGUACAUCGUUUAUGAGUUGAUGGAUACUGAUCUUCACCAGAUAAUUCGCUCUAACCAAGCUUUAACUGAUGAUCAUUGCCAGUAUUUCUUAUAUCAGUUACUGCGAGGCCUGAAAUAUGUCCACUCAGCAAAUGUCCUGCACCGUGAUCUAAAACCAAGCAACUUGCUAUUGAAUGCGAAUUGCGACCUUAAGAUUGGAGACUUUGGAUUAGCCAGGACUACAUCUGAAACGGAUUUCAUGACAGAAUAUGUUGUCACUCGUUGGUAUCGAGCACCUGAGCUGCUGCUUAACUGUUCAGAAUAUACUGCAGCUAUCGACAUAUGGUCAGUUGGGUGCAUACUUGGUGAAAUUGGAACCCGGGAACCCUUAUUUCCAGGAAAAGACUAUGUGCAUCAACUAAGGCUGAUCACUGAGUUGAUAGGUUCACCUGACGACUCGAGCCUUGGUUUCCUUCGAAGUGAUAACGCCCGUAGAUAUGUGAGACAGCUGCCACAGUACCCCAAACAACAAUUUUCUGCAAGGUUUCCAAACAUGUCUCCUGGUGCUGUUGAUUUACUGGAAAAAAUGCUGGUCUUCGAUCCUAGCAAACGGAUUACAGUUGACGAGGCCCUGCAUCACCCGUAUUUGUCAUCGCUUCAUGAUAUCAACGACGAGCCAUUCUGCCCAGAACCAUUUAGUUUUGAUUUUGAGCAGCCAUCAUUCACUGAAGAAAACAUCAAAGAACUCAUCUGGAGAGAAGCUUUGAAAUUCAAUCCAGAUCCAAUGCACUAAAGCACCUUGUGCUGUAACGAUGAACAAUUUAUCGGUAGUGUCAUUCGCCCUCGGCCGGACAAGAACCGCGUGAUGUCUCAUGUUCUCUCUACCUGAUGCUCGCAUUAUAGAAUUUUAAGAAAUCGAUGUUGUUGGUAGAGCAUAAAGAAAAUAAUAAGUACAUGCUUUGAAGCAGGUUGAGAGAAGCUACUGGAGAAAAGGUUGAUCAUGUAAAGUUGUUUCGACGACAACGAAUAAUUGAAAUAGUUUGUUAUGUGUGAUCGUCAAGAACCGAUUUAUAGCGUUUGUCUGUCACACCUUCUUGGUAUUGUUACUUACCAUGCUAGCUUUUUAAUAUGGUAAAGCUUAAUUAGUAGUGUGUGUUCUUUAAUCAUCUGUUUUACUGUUGGAUAUGUAGUACAAUUAAAAUAACUGCAUCUGAAAUACUUUCCUAUGAAUUUGUGCAAA